GCAUACUUCCCCUUUUUUGUGGGUCUUUCUUACAUGGUAUACAUAUUUGCUUAGCUUUUCUUCUUUUUUUUCUUCUUCUUUUUGUAUUCCAACUAUGACGUUAAAACAAAGCAAUGCUUGUGUAGAUAUAGAAGAUAGAAUUAAUGUGAUUGAAUUCUAUCACGAAGUUUUAUGGGAAAGUCAACAAGAUUAUAUUGACACUAUACAAACACAUAAUGAAAAAAGAGUGAGCUUUUCGUCAGAACCGCCAAAAGUAUACGAAUAUGAACCAGAACCAUCAGGUACAUUGUAUUUGUUUGAUUAUGAAAUCUACAAACAAACAAUACAACAGCAAGAAGAAGAGGAUGAAUCUACCUUAUUUGAUUUCUAUCAUGAUAAUUCUAGCUUUCAAUUUCCCAAACUCACAAGUCCUUCGCAUGAUUUUAGGCCUAUAGUGAACCAAGCAUUUCUUCAUCAUCGCAAUGAUUCGUUUAUUCAUUCACCUUUAGCCAGCCCAACAGUAUCAGAAGAAGAAAAAAGCUUAAAAGAACAUAGCAAGAAACCAAAGAAUUAUUAUCAGUUAUUUAAAAGAAAUACAAGACAAGACAACAAGACUGAACCUGGUAACAAUCAGACAUUGUUUAGACGUGUGCUUGUAAAAAUCAAAUUACCACCUAGAUUGAUGGUACAAAGAAAAUCAUCUUUCUUAUCCUUGCGCAAAAAGAUCUCUUCUUUUAUAGACUCAUAGAACAAUAAAG